AUGCGUUCAACCACGACGCCGGCUACGGCAUGGCUCCAGUGCUCCGCUCUGUUGCAUAUCCCCCUCUUCCUGUCUGUUGCCGUUGCCCAGAUGCCUUACAAUCCAACUCGACUCCUCCAUAAUGGCGAUCAUCUCUACGUGUUCCAGCCUUCGUCCCGGUUGCCCAACCAGUUCCAACUCGGAUCCAUCGACGUAUCCGCCAAGUUCGACGCUGCCAGUCCACCGUAUACGACGCUAUACGCAACACUGCCAUUCCUGGACGACACUACUGCCCGUGCAUUCACACCUGUACUCGAUGAUGGCGGGAAUCUGACCGUGUACGCUGGAAACUGCUCACAAGGGGCGAACGGAGGUGAAGUCUGGAGUUUCACCCCCGCUAUCGGGGACAAACAGGGCAGUUGGCUUCAGCACGAUGCAUUAAUUGCCAGUGAGAAGCACGCCGCCACGACAGGUGCAAAUUACCUGAGCAACGGUAUCUCGUUCUCGAGCAUCGUUGGGGGAAAUGCGGCACACACCGGAGCUUACUUCUUCGGCGGCAUGUGUCCAACCUUGGUGGGCGGCUCCAACAGCUGGCAGUCAGCUGCGAACUACUCUAAUCUCAUGGUUAGUUUGCAGCCGUCUGGUGUCACGAACAGUGCCAUCACGUACCAAAUGGAUAUCUCGCCAGGUCGAGGUCCACCAAUACCAGAGGCUGGCUUUACCAUGACCGGACUAUCGCCCACUUACUCGAACCGUAGCGAUGAAUCACAAACUCAACAGCAAAAUUUUGUUCUGGUUGGCGGACACACGAGCGCUGCAUUUAUCAACAUGUCUCAAGUUGCUUUGUUCUCUCUACCAGAACAAGGAUGGACUUUUGUUAACGUCCAACAGCCGGAUGCAUCGCACGCAAGUGUGGUCACGCGUGAUAUCUCAGCUGUCGAUCCGCGCUCAGGACACACCGCUGUACUGUCAUCUAACGGGGACCAAAUCAUCGUUUAUGGCGGUUGGGUUGGAGACAUCGACUCUCCAGCAGAACCACAUCUGGCAGUUCUGAAUGUCGCAAAUGGCUAUGGCGGCAAUGGAGAUUGGCGGUGGGAAAUCCCAGAAACUCCCUCAGGAUAUGGUCCUCCAGGCAACUCUAGCCUCUAUGGCCAUGGUGCUGUCAUGCUGCCUGGUGACGUGAUGAUGAUCACGGGCGGUUACUCAGUCACGACUUCUGCUUCCCAACGACGGAGAGAUACUCUCAAUUCCAACGCCAAAACGUAUUUUCUCAACCUCACCUCCAAUACUUGGAUCACCGACUAUACUCCACCAGCAGGGCCUGCGAUCUCCAAGCCCGUACAGACGGGUCCUUUAUCAAGCUCAGCACAAAAGGCAGGCUUAGGCGUUGGUAUCGGUGUUGGACUGGCUGCAGUAUGCGGGCUUUUCGCCUUCUACAUGUGGUACACUAGGCGGCUACAAAAGCAACGCGAUUUGAGAGAGAAGCAGCUGCAGGAACUCUCGCAUGUCGCUCACAGAUAUAAUAUGGAGGGCUAUUCUCCCGGAUUCGACGGGCGGGAAUGCCAUACAGAUGCAUUGUACCUUGCUGGACAAGAUGGGUCUUACUACUUCCCGCCAGGUAGCCAAGGUGGUCAAGGCUGGAAGAGCUCACAAGGACAAGACGUAGAGAGAACAGGUCUUCUUCUUGAGAUUCCUAGCCCCACCCGGGGAUUGCGUCGCAGUCUGAGCGGAAGGCCGGCCUACGCAAUGGGUAUCGUACGGGGUCCGGGUCAAAUCCACCCUAUUGACGAGUUGGAGGAGGAAGAAGAAGAGGAAGAAGAAGAAGAAGAAGAAGGAGGAGAAAAAAGAGAAGAAGAGAUCGAGAAGGCUACUGACGAGUCCGAGCGAUACGAGAUGAGCGAGCGAAAGGUCAACCAAGUACCGUCGGUGUUUGACAACGCACCACAACUUGAUCCCUUCUGCAAUGGUCCGCGCCAGGACAGCACAAGGAAAACCAUCCUUCGUUCCGCGUCUUCUUCUUCUGUGCUGGAUGAUGUCGGAGAUUACGACCAGCAAAUGACUGAAUGGCCUGGACCCAGUUCAGCUGCAGCUCGGCGCUCGAACACAGUCUCCACCGGUCGUUUGUCACCUGAAAAAUCAUCAGCUGACGAGCGUACGAACUCGAAUCUCAGCGAACGAAGUACGCGGUCAAACUUGUCGUGGACUCCUUCGCAUGGAAGUCUUGCGAGGAGUGCGUCUGUACGCGCAGCCGUCGUUACAACGACCCCUCAAGUCAACCCCUUCCGAUCCCCACAUGCUAGUCCAGCCCACGACAGGCCACGCCGAUACAGUGAGAAUGUUACAAAACCUUCAGCACAUCCACGAAAUCAGUCUUUCAGCAGUAUUCGUAGCACCGGCUGUGCAGACAUUGAUUCUUUUAGAACUGUGCAAUCGUCUUUCGCCCACCUUCAAGCCGAAGGUGAAAACUUACUUGGCGGCAACCCGGAGCAGAUUCGUCCAGAGACCUCUUCAACCUCAAAUGGAUCGAGCUCCCACACACCGGGAGAUGCCGAGGCAAGCAACAGUCGCGCUACAACAACCACACCAGCGACGUCGUACAUGGUGGACAUGCUGCGACCAGAGAGUCGCGAUGCAAGGAAAAGCUGGUUAGGCAGCGUGAGAAGGGUGCUACGAAGAUCGGCCUCAGGCGCUGAUCGAACUCGAUCGCUCAGCAACACAGUCUCUUAUCACGAACGUUACACGGACAACCCGGCCUUACCAGUUGAGGUUUCAGCAAUCAACAGCCACAAGCUAACCUUUUCAAAUGUGCCACCUCGACGUGCCGCCUCCGACGCAAGCUUCUGGAAGAGUAGGAGAGGAAAACAGGACUGGGAAGAAGAGCUUGAAAACCGAUGGGCACGCAACAGUGGAGACGAUUGGGGUGCACCAGAAGAUAUUGCCCGCGCAGAAAAGGAUCGCUUACGCCAAGAAUGGCGAGAACGAGGCAAUUUGUUGGUGAAUUUGACAUCUGACGACGAACUACCUACCCCACGCACACCGAUAGCGCCGAGCGAAUUGGGCAUUCCGAUUGCAGAUCACCGGCCUUGUACGCCUGCAGAUGAAGGAGACUGGGAUGUUGAGGCUGCAGUCGAGCGUCGCGUCGUUCAGGUUAUGUUCACGGUACCCAAAUCUAGGCUUCGUAUUGUUAACGCCGAUCCCGAUGGGUCGAGCAUCCUGUCACUAUCUCACGAGAACUCCAAUGAGAAAGAAGACUUCCAGACAGGAGAUGCGAGUGGCUCCCCUAACCGAGUCAAGGAUCUCGCUGGCAAAUUCGAGCAGAUAUCAAGCACGGGAACCUCGUCACCAAGAACGACGCCAAAGGCUAGCCCAAUACCUAGCCCGUCUCCAAGCGUGAAGAGCAUGAAGAUUAGGGCCAGGCGGAGUUUGACAUCGCUAAAUCAGCAGAGCAUGGGGCGUAGCAGUGCAAAGAGCCCUCUGGCAGAAUUCAAGGUGAAGGACAACAUUUUUAAAGAGUAG